AUGUCAAAUCAUGAUAAAUCGAAGGCAGUAAUAAGUAAAGAAUUAGAGGUUGUUUUAAAAGCUGCCGUUGCGUCGUCCUAUACUCAAAGAGAUGUCGUGCCAAGCGAAAUCACGCAAAAUAUCUGCAGUGUCAUUGAAGCUAUUUUUAUUCAUGGAUUGAGGGAUCCAUUUUUUGUGAAGGGCUCCAGAUACGCCAAGUACCCAGAGCCGAACUUCUGGCCCUUCGUUUCCAAAUAUUCGCACAGAAGUAUUAUCACGGAGAUCAACUCGCUUAAUCAAAUACGAUCAGAAAUUGGACGUAGCCGAGCUUGGAUUCGGAUAGUUUUGAAUCAGAAUACAUUGGAGCAUUAUCUUCAUUUACUUCUUCGCGAAACAAAGGCUAUGAACCAAUUCUAUAGCGAAAUCUCUUUUCUACGUGACGCCGAACACAUGGACAAAGCGAUGGAUUUAUUAAAAGGCCUUGGAUCCCUACCGAUUAAUGCUGCUGUUAAUAGUUCGUUGUUGAACACAUGGACACCAUCACCGUUAAUUCUUGCUGGCUUAGUUCAUGGAAAACCGUUAAAAGUUGGUGCCCUGCAUCCAAGGCAACGCUCGUCUUCCUUACGCGACGCGUCGGAAGUUGGCUUGCCUGCACUUGACUUUCUGCAGGACGAACAAUCUCCUAUUAAACUGCCACCGAUUCGUUCCAAAGAUCGAAUUGAUCGAAGUAAAGCUGUUCUAAGUGAUGACGAUGGUUCUUCCGUGUAUUCACAUCCUUCGAUGCUUGACAGAUCAGAAAUCCCAGAGCGAAUUAUUUUGUCAUCAACACCGAUCGGUGGGAAUUAUGGCGAACUUCCACCUCAGAAUUUCGCUCCACUGAUUGUAUCACGUCGUACAAGACGCCCUCGCAAAUCUUCUAGAAGUAGUAGUGAAUCGAAUUCGAAGAAAAGUUCUCAUAGCGAAUCUGCAAGUACGCUGGCAGACGGAUUGGUAGAGUUAGGUACUUCUGCGGGCUCAUCGUCCCGUACGCGGUUUAAGCAGUCGGAAACGUUGGACAGUGGGAUUGAAUCCGAGCACAGAGAAAACAACCCUGAAAGCAUUAGCUCUGUCUCUGAUGGAAAAGAGAACGACCCAAAUUAUAUCGAUAAAAAGGAGAGUGAUGGCAAAAUGGAGUCCACAGAUGUCAAAGACACAAGGAACGUUUCUACCGAAGAACCCUUCGUUUCCAAUGCAGUGGUUGAUUUUCAAAGCAACAAUGAAGAAAAUGUGCGAACAACAGAGGCAGAAGCAGAGCUACCCGACGUAUUUGACCAUGAAACCGAUAAUGUAUUUGAUGAUGAUGAAAAACAGCCGGAGAACACUAUAGAUGUACUGGUUCGUGUGCCGGAACUUGAUUGUCGGGCAAGUUCUGGGAUUGAAACUUCUCUUCAUGAUGAAUUGUUUCUUGCGGAGGCUGCACCCAGUAGUAACAGUUUGCUGAAUAGAAGUUGGAAAAAACCAAAGACAAGUUUGCCUGAUCUGGAUGGUAGUCACACUCUUCUUUCGUCCUCAUCAUCCCCAGAUACGGCAGGUUGUAUCGUAAGCUUCGACCAGGCGUUAAGGACAGCAAUGGAGGCAAGUGGUUCAAGCGAAAAGGUUACGGAUGACUUAGACGGAUCACAAGAACUUCUUGCCAAUACAGAUAGCGAUGAUGCAGAUGAGGAAAACUCGUCCCGAAAACAGUCCGACGCUGUGUCGGAGCAGGUGACUGCACUGAUCACCACAAUUCCUCGUGAAAUUGGCCUUGAUUCUCAAGACUUCCGUUGUCCUAUGUGCAGAAAGUCCAUUGGAGCCGCUUUUUCAAAGUAUGGCGUAUGUGGCAUCGAUGGUUUGUAUUACUGCAACGACUGUAUGCGUGCUGGUGGAGAAAUGCCUAUCCCGUCACGUGUUCUGCGCAGUUGGGACUGGAAGCAACGUCCUGUGUCAGAUCGUGGACGUGCUUUCAUUGAAGCGAAUCAGGACACUCCAAUUAUACGCAUUGACCAGCACAAUCCUUCCCUCUACGAACAUGUUCCUGUCAUGAAAACAAUCAAGGUUCUGCGAGAACAACUUCAAAUAGCUUCAAUGUACCUAUUUAACUGUCGUGAGUCAAUAGCAGAAGACUUUAAAAGACGAGUGUGGCCACGCGAUCAUCUUUAUAACGAUAUCAAUGCUUAUUCGAUCAGCGACUUAAUUCUUCUCCACAAUGGUCAGCUGGAAAAACAAGUGCGCGGAUUUCUUAAACACGCUGUAGAUCACGUCAUGCACUGUUCGUUAUGUCGUCAAAAAGGUUUCAUUUGUGAGAUGUGUGAAGCUCCUGAGGUGAUCUAUCCUUUCGAGACGGAGACCACAUACAGGUGUCAGCGAUGCUUCUCGGUAUUCCAUUCCGAAUGUGCGACUAAAAUGGAGGACUGUCCGAAAUGUGUACGACGUGCGAAGUAUGAGAUUCGUCAAGAAGCAAGUGAUCUUCCUCUGGGAUGA